ACUAACCUUUCUGAGUAAAUGACACUUGUAGAUCAGGUCCAUCUUCUACGGAAAGUCCGUGCCACGUUUAUUCGCCGACCUGAAACCAGUUCCAAAUGUGAGCUGCAUGGACUACGGUCCACUUUGGACUAGUUUCGAUUCGUGGGAUUUAUUUGGUAUCCUUUUAAAUGAUUUUUUUUAAUAGAUACAAACCACUUUCAAAGGUUUUUUGGAACUUCUACGACCGUCACUGACCAUCAUCACUGUGGCAUAUGCGCAGUCUUCUUCCUUCUUUUCUUCCAGGUCACGUGAGAAAUAUUCCCUCCCUAACAGACCCGGGCAAACUUUUUCCUGAUUACGGACUCGCCACAGCAGAUCCAACAAUGUUACAAAAUAUCACCAUUACCUCUCACGUGCAUCACUAAGUCUAUUAGAGGAACGAGGCAAUCAGACAUCCCCUCCAGACGCCCUCCUCCUCCCCAUGUCGACUGACCCUUACACCUUCUCCAGUGACUCUCUCCCCAGUGACCUACGCUUCCUUCCUCCGCUGGCCAACGGCCUCUUAGGAUGGAGGGUUUACAACGACGUCUUCCACAUGGGAAGGGUGUACAACGGGGAAGGAGGGGAGUGUCACCGUGCGGACGUCCCAUGUCCUCUGGCCGUGACGGUUGAGAUGGAGGAAGGCGGUGAAGACUCCUAUAGCCUGGACACCCACACUGGUGUUUUCUCACACACCCUGACCUCAGCCAGCGCCACAGUCUCGCAGUCUUUUUACUCACACCGCUACUACUCCAACCUGAUGGUGAUGGAGAUUCUCUUGGUGCGCAAUGUGACCUCAGAAGCGCCGCUCACAGUCAACCUGGUCACUUCCUUCACCCCUCAGAGCAAAGACAUUGAUUUUCAGUGUGGGCCUGAUUACAAAGGUGGAAGAUACAUCCAAGGUCAGACACAUACUGCAGAGUUCCCAGAAGGUCCCCGGCCUAUGGUUCACCUCAUCUGGACCCCCAUUCCCACCACACUGACGUUGCCACCAGAGCGUAGCCGGGAUCGCUGGUGCUUCAUUGUGGCUGUGGCUGACUCUUUAAAUCUCGCUAAGGCUCAUUUUGAUGAGGGCCUGGAACUGAUGGCGACAGGUGACCUGCGUCCUUCUCAUGAGAAGGCCUGGCAGGAGCUGUGGCUGCAUAGCAAGGUGGAUGUAGUGGGGUCAGAGCGCCUCUUGAAGGCUGUCAUUGGUUGUAUGUUCUACCUCCUUAGUGCCUUCCCCUCCAUACAUGACACCUCCAGCUCUUUUGGUGGAGUCAGUCCAGGUGGACUAUCAAAUGGCGGCGAGGGUCAGGAUUAUUGGGGCCAUGCCUUCUGGGACCAGGAGGUUUGGAUAUACCCCACUGUGGCUUUAUUCUACCCAAAGCUGGCCCGAGCUGUGUUGGAGUACAGGGUGCAGACUCUUGAUGGUGCUAAAUACAAUGCACAAAGGCAGGGUUUCAAGGGGCUGAAGUUUCCAUGGGAGAGUGCUGUGACAGGGAGGGAGAUGUGCCCUGAUGACAUUUACGGACAACAAGAGAUUCACAUCAAUGGAGACGUCGCAUUGGCCUUUCAGAAUUAUUACUACCUCACUGAGGACCUGACCAUGUUCACUGAUGGACGGGGCAGUCAGCUGGUAUGGGGAGUGGCUGAUUACUGGGUUUCCAGGGUAACCUGGAGCACAGAGGAUCAUAAGUAUAAUCUCUUCGGUGUCAUGCCACCUGAUGAGUACUACUACAAUGUCAACAACUCUGUCUACACAAACACAGUGGCCAAAUUUAGUUUGCAGUUUGCUGUGGAAUUAGCUGAUCUUCUCAAGCAUCCUGCACCAAAGGAAUGGCACGAUGUGGCUGAAAACAUCCAAAUCCCCUUUGACCAACAAUCUCUGUACCAUCCUGAGUUUGAAGGCUAUUCAAAAGGUUAUCCAGUCAAACAGGCAGAUGCUGUGAUGCUGAGUUAUCCUCUGGGUCUGCCCAUGUCCCCUGAGAUUAGAAGAAAUGAUCUUGAAGCUUAUGAACCAGCUACAGAUCCUCAUGGACCAGCCAUGACUUGGGGCAUGUUUGCGAUUGGAUGGCUGGAGCUGGGGGAGGCAGAAAAAGCGGAACGUUUACUUGACAAGUGCUUCAAAAACAUCCAAGGACCUUUCCAGGUAUGGAGCGAGUCAUCAGACGGCUCUGGUGCAGUCAACUUUCUCACUGGCAUGGGAGGGUUCUUGCAAGCUGUGGUGUUUGGUUACACUGGCUUCAGAGUUCAGAAGGAAUGCCUGGCCUUUUCCCCACUACUUCCAAAUAACCUGAGCGAGCUUUGCAUUCGUGGAGUCAGCUACCUGGGCCAGGAGAUGGACUGGCUCUUCAGGAAAGAUGAGGUUUGCAUCAUACUGAGGGAGCAGGAAUGUGGUGCGAGGUUUGCUAAGACAGCGUGCGAUCUGCAGGUGAUCCUCAAGGCAUCAGGGACUAAAAUCCCUUUAACCCCAGGGAUUCCAGUAACUUUUCCUCGAGAACCUGGAUUUGUUUGCAAACUUGAACCAUCGUCUUUCUGCUGGCCUUUGUAAAGAGGAACUGGACUUUCCCAAUCACUACAUGCACCCACUCAAAUACUCCAAUUGUCAAUCAUUUGUAAAUAAACUUCACAUACUUCAAACUAGGGCAAUAUAAAUGAUUAAUUACUGUACAGCAAAU